GCCAGGGCAGAGCCGUGCGCGCGGGCGGGCGGAGGCGGGCGCCGGCCGCUGGAGCUCGGGGUGGCCGCCGCCCGCCUUGCACGUGCGGCAGCUGCCGUGCGCGGAGCUCCCGCCCCGCGGCUGCUUUGUUGCCUCCGGGCCGCCGGCACCAUGCACACGCCGGGCUCCGCGGGCCCGGGCGACGCACGCGCGGUUGACAUCAUGGACAUAUGUGAGUCAAUCCUGGAGAGGAAGCGGCACGACAGCGAGAGGUCUACGUGCAGCAUCUUGGAGCAGAACGACAUGGAAGCUGUUGAGGCUCUUGUUUGCAUGAGCUCUUGGGGUCAGAGAGCUCAGAAAGGGGACUUGUUAAAGAUAAGACCCCUCACACCUGUCUCCGAUUCUGGGGAUGUUACCACCACUGUGCAUGUGGACUCAGCUGCACCUGAGCUACCAAAGGACUUCCAUUCUUUAUCAACUCUGUGCAUGACUCCUCCUCAGAGCCCUGACCUCCUGGAACCAUCCACAGGAACGGUUGUUCCUGCCCAAGUAACUGAUUCCAAAGUACCCAUGGUUGUGGCUGUCCCCCCAGCCUCCACUGGGGCAGCCAAAGUGCUGAGCAGGAGGGCAGAGAGGGGCCUGCCUGGUUUGAAGCCAGAGCUGCUGGAGCCAGCUGUCGGCCCUCCCUGCAGGGCCAUGGUGACAAGUGUCAUUUGCCACACUGGGGGGAGUCCUGCUCUUGCCCAUGUGCCUGCCACCCAGACUCAAGAUCACCGACUUUCAACCAGUGCAGCAGGCGAAGCACAGUUUCUGGGACACGUUGAAACUCUGCAGGACACACACCUCACAGACAGUUUGCUCAGCGUUGACUCGUCCUGUCAGCCUUGCUCGCACAAGUCCGGUGGCCUCAUCCCCACUGACAAAGGCCAGCAGGCAGGGUGGCCCGUUGCAAUUCAAACCUGCUCACCAAAGAAUUGCGAAAAUGACUUGCCAAGGAAAGCCACCCCUCUGAUUUCUGUCCCCAUUCCUAGUCCCUCUGUCUUUUGCCAAAUGAUCCCCGUGACUGGACAAAGUGGCAUAUUAUCAGCUUCUUUGAAGCCACCUCCCCAAGUAUCUCCAGGGACUGUCAAACCAAUCUUACCCCAUGCUGCUCCAGUGCCCCAGCCUGUGUUCGUGGGACCGUCUGUGCCUCAGGGAACCGUGAUGCUGGUUCUGCCCCAGGGGGCCCUCCCACAGCCUGCCACAUGUUCAUCUGGUGGAAUGACAGUUGGGAACACCAAGUUACUGCCCCUUGCCCCUGCUCCAGUGUUCAUUGCAUCCAGUCAGAACUGUGCCCCUCAGAUAGACUUUUCCCGAAGGAGAAACUAUGUUUGCAACUUCCCAGGCUGCCGGAAAACCUACUUCAAAAGCUCCCACCUCAAGGCUCAUCUUCGCACUCACACAGGAGAGAAGCCCUUCAACUGUAGCUGGGAUGGCUGUGAUAAGAAAUUUGCUCGUUCAGAUGAACUCUCUCGCCACCGCAGAACUCACACUGGGGAGAAGAAGUUUGUAUGCCCAGUGUGUGAUCGGCGUUUCAUGCGCAGCGACCACCUGACAAAGCACGCCCGGCGCCACAUGACCACCAAGAAGAUCCCUGGCUGGCAGGCGGAGGUUGGCAAGCUGAACAAAAUUGCCUCAGCAGAGAGCCCUGGGAGCCCCCUGGUGCGCUUGCUGGCCUCCGCAUGAAAGGUCCGCCGGGGAGUGGCGGAUGGAAGUUUUUCAAAGCCUUUUUUCAGGAAUGGAAGUGAUGGUUUUCUCUCCAGAAAAAAAAGUGUCUUGAGGGCUAGGGGAGCUGGUUCUGAUGAAAGUAUGUUAACUUGUCUUUUUUUGGUUGGGAACCCUGUUCAGUAUCUUUUGUGGUUUCAGAAUUUCUUUUAAGGAAAUGGAAGAAAAUUUAAUAAUCUAAAUCACCAGCAUUCAAACAAACAUUUCGGCAAUAAAUUUUACAAAAUCUGGGCUUUUACAACCUUCCUGUUCCUGUUUUGUAGAAAUGAGACAGGGUACUGAUUUUUAUACUGUUUUCUAUAAAAAAUAUUUGUAUUGUUGGUUCUCAAAUCACCAAUUUCUAUGUAGAUGAUUUUACAAGCUUCUUUUCCAUGUUUAACAACGUUUUUAUAAUAACCCUACUUUUAGUAAAGUUGGCACAAUAUUCAGCCAAAAAAAAUUUACAGCUUUGUAAUCAGGCCUUUUAGAUCUAAGAAUUUUUUAGAAUCAGAACUGGUUGAAUAGGGACCUCUUAAAGAAAUGGGGGAAAAGAAACUUUGCAGUCAGUUUCUUCAUAACAUUUUCAAGGGAAAUUCCAGACUACCAUUCCUUUAGGCUAUAGCCCAAGGAAUUAAAUUUUUUGUUAAGUAGAACUUAGUCACUUGUGUCUGUGGUGUGAC